ACUACUCCUCCAAAUCCAACCAUGGCAGAAGAAGCAGCACCAAUACGAUUUGGGAUACUUGGGUGUGCUGAGGUCGCAAGGAAGGUGUCAAGGGCCAUAACUCUCUCCCCCAACGCCACCCUCUACGCCGUCGGAAGCCGCUCUCUUGACAAGGCCACCAAGUUCGCUGCCUCCAACGGCUUCCCACCCCAUGCUAAGGUUUAUGGAUCAUACGAAGGUGUUAUAGAAGACCCUGAAGUUGAUGCUGUGUACGUGCCACUUCCAACAAGCUUGCACGUGCAGUGGGCUGUGCUUGCUGCUCAGAAGAAGAAGCACUUGCUGCUUGAGAAGCCUGUGGCUCUCAACGUUCAUGAUCUUCACAAGAUUUUGGAGGCGUGUGAAUCCAACGGUUUGCAAUACAUGGAUGCUACCAUGUGGAUGCACCACCCUAGGACCACUCAAAUGUUUCACUUCCUCUCAGAUCCUCAACAGUUUGGACGCCUUCAAUCGGUACAUGCAACUUUUUCCUAUGGAGUUAGUCCUUAUUUUCUAGAGAAUGAUAUUCGUGUGAAGCCAGAACUUGAUGCUCUUGGAGCACUUGGUGACACUGGUUGGUAUUGUGUGAGCGCAAUUUUAUGGGCUUCAAAUUAUGAGUUACCUAAAUCAGCAACAGCAUUGCACAAACCCACAUAUAAUGAUGCCGGUGUCAUUCUAGCUUGUGCUGCUUCUCUAUCUUGGGAAGAUGACAAAGUAGCAACAUUCUAUUGUUCCUUUCUUACGGAUAUGUCUAUGGAUAUUAUUGUGAUGGGGACAAAAGGGUCAUUGCGCGUUCAUGAUUAUGUUAUCCCUAAUCAAGAGAAAGAGGCCAAGUUUUCAACAAGCUCAAACUCUAAUUGGGUGGAACUUUCUUUAGGUUGGGCUCCAAAUCCAAGUGAACAUGUUGUUUACAAUGAUCUCCCUCAAGAGGUACAUAUGGUGAAGGAAUUUGCACGCUUGGUAGGGGCAAUUAAGUACAAUAACUCAAAACCGGAGGACACGUGGCCAAUAAUUAGUAGGAAAACACAAUUGGUGAUAGAUGCUGUGAAGACUUCAAUUGACAAUGGCCUUGAGCCUGUUGAAAUUAAGGGUUAACUUUAGUUAAUUUAUUUGAUUGAAGUGGUGGUGUCGUAUAUUAGAUAAGUUAAUUAAUGUCUCAAUAAUUAUGUUGUUAACUUUUCAAUUUCAUCAGGGGUUUUGUUCUUAGCCGUCUGGCACUAUAUUCAGCUACGUGGCAAUAUCAUCACAGUUAUGUUGUUGACCUUUCUAUGUGAAAAUAAUGAUGUAUGUUGACUUGUUU